AUGAAGCCUCAAGCCCUCUUCUCCGCCGCGGCCUUCCUCCCGGCCUUCGCCUCGGCUGCCCCGUCAGCGGACAAGAGAGCCGCGAAGCCUCCCGCCUUCUUCCUCGCCGGUGACUCGACUACCGCGGUGCAGUCCACCGGUGGUGGCGGUUGGGGCAACGGUUUCCUCAGCUUCCUGAAGAAGCCUGCGUUCGGCACAAACUACGGCCGCAACGGACGUACUACGGUCGACUAUGUCAGCCAGGGACACUGGGCCACCGUCAAGGACGCAGUCAAGUCCAACACGGCCAACUUUGAUGUCUACGUGACGAUUCAGUUCGGCCACAACGACCAAAAGCCCGAAAAGAACAUCUCCCUCGACCAGUACCAGACAAACCUCGGCAACCUCGCCAAGGAGAUCAAGGCCCUCGGCGCCACCCCCAUCCUCGUCACCCCCCUCACGCGCCGCAGCUUCAACUCGGCGGGCGUCGUGACCAACAACCUCUCCAACGAGCGCGAGCGCACCAUCGCCGCGGCGACGGAGACCAAGACGACGUACAUUGACCUCAACCUCAACAGCCGCAAGUACGUCCAGGCGAUUGGCGAGACAAAGGCCCACUCGUACAACCUCGUCGAGAGCGACAACACGCACCUCAACGCCGAGGGCAGCGUCGUAUUCGGCAGGUUGGUGGCGGACCUGGUGCUGCAAAAGAACAAGGGGCUCGAGCAGUGGUUUACGCCCAACAAGACGUUGAGCGAUGAGAUUUGGAAGGCAAUUAACAGCUCCACUGUUUAA